AUGUCUUAUAAUUUAACCCUUGCCAUUUGUGCUUUUGCUGCUUUCUUUUGUCUCAUCGAUGCCCGUCACGUUCAUCAGCAACCUUCAUCUGAUAAUAACAACUCAACUGUAGUAUCAAAUGGUAAGACGGAUUCUGGAGCAGCAACAUAUUACGAUCCUAGCAUGGGUGCCUGUGGUAUUUUAAGUAUGGGUGAUGAGCUCGUCUGUGCUAUUCCUGAUGCUCUCUACGAUACGAAAACUAUCGGUGGUAAUCCAAAUAAUAACGCAUUCUGUGGUCAAAAGAUUUCAGUGACAGGUCCUAAGGGUACAGUUGUUGUCACCAUUGUUGAUCGAUGCGGCAGUUGCAAGGGUGGUGAUCUUGAUUUGAGUCGACCAGCUUUCGAUGCGAUUGGAGAUCCAACUAAUGGACGUGUCCCAAUUACUUGGAGUUUUAUAUAA